AAGCCGUUUCGCUCAACAUUGCGUCCGGUGCGAGCCAUGUUUGACUUUGACGAGCUUUCAGGAGAAGAAGAGGCAAACGAGGCAAAAGUGGAUGCAAAGGAAGCAAACUCUCAGCCUCGUUUGCUUGAGACCAUGGAUGAGCCAGUGGCAAGCGAGAUUCAAGUGACGGUGUCGCAUGCUAUACACGGGUGGGCAAUCCGUGUCUUUCUGCCGGAGAAAUCUUUGUUUAAGCAUGUGAAGCAAGCCGUUGCAAAAUUUUUCGAGCAGGACAGCUCUGACUUCCAAGGGCAGCUCAUGCAUAAGGGAGGAGGCGUCUACCGACCCUACAAGGACAAGGAUGCUGUUGGGUCAGUCCGAGAGGUACUGCUUGCUGGCUUUGAUGGAGAACCACCAGAAGAAGGUUUGGAAAUCCGUUUGGGUGAGAAGGACAUUGCUGAGGAGUGCAUUGCAAGUCCAUCGUCUUUGCAAGACUUUUUGAUUCUGCAGAAAGAGCUGAGAGCAGGCUUUGCUGAGGAUACCUUUCAGGAAAAGCUCCGGAAGCUGCAAGAGCAAUGCGAGCGUGGAGAACUUGCGAAGACAAAGUUUCUCGCAGAGAGGCAGAAACUCUUCCUCACAGUGCAAAGCAAAGUGCUGCCAAGAUAUGGCUAUGAGGGCACUUCAAAUGGAGUUUACAAGAUGAUGGGUGACAUGAAGCCUUACAUAAAGGAUCCGCAGUUUGUUGAGCUAGCAGAUGAGAUCAACGGCUUGCUGGGAAUCAAUUACUCUCCAUCCAAUACCUGGGAGUCCUUGUCCGACAGUUGUCAGAAGCUGAAUGAUGAAAAGGUGAUCAGCCGGCCACGGCCAAGUGACCGCCCUCGACGUGAGCGGGGCUAUGGGGAGCUGAGGCCACCGAUGGGUCUUCUGGGACCUGUGCCGAGUCUGCUGAACGGCAAGCCGCUGCGUUUGCCGGACUUCAUCCUGGGCAAUCCAUGAAGAUCUUGCCAUUGAUAAUGAAUCACGGAGAACCAUCCGUGCGAGCCGCUUGCAAGCCUUGCCCCAAAGAAGGCUGAGGCUGUGGGUAUUUGUAGGAUUUCGUAGGUGGAUGAGGAAAGGUGCUGUCAAGAGAACUGGUUUCAGAAGAGACCUGGGU